UCCAAGUCAAUGGACCAAGUAAACGACACUGUGGUAACUGAAUUUGUGCUGCUGGGACUUGCACAAUCCUUGGGAGCAAGGCUUGUCCUUUUUCUCUUCCUGUUACUGUUCUUUGUGGGAAUUAUCCUAGGAAAUCUUCUCAUUGUGCUCACAGUUGUCUUGGACCCUCACUUACACUCACCCAUGUACAUCCUACUGGCCAACCUGUCACUCAUUGACGUGGGUCUUUCCUCCACCACAGUUCCUAGGAUUAUCUCUGAUAUUCUUAGUGAUUGUACAGUCAUCUCCUUCCGUAACUGCAUGAUACAAAUGUUCUUUAUUCAUGUCAUGGGAGGAGUUGAGAUGCUGCUUCUCAUAGCCAUGGCAUAUGACAGAUACACAGCAAUUUGCAAGCCUCUUUACUAUCUAACUAUUAUGAAUCCCAAAAUGUGUGUGCUCUUGAUAGUAACUGCUUGGGUUAUUGGGGUAAUUCAUGCUGUGUCUCAGUUUGUUUUUGUUAUAAAUUUACCCUUCUGUGGCCCUAACAAUGUGGGAAGUUUUUAUUGUGAUUUUCCAAGAGUUAUUAAACUUGCAUGCAUGGACACUUAUAGGCUAGAAUUCGUGGUCACUGCCAAUAGCGGCUUCAUCUCUAUGGGUACUUUCUUUCUCCUAAUUGUAUCGUAUAUUUUUAUUCUGGUCACUGUCAGACAAAAUUCUUCCAAUGAUUUAUCCAAAGCGUUCUUUACUUUGUCUGCUCACAUCACUGUAGUGGUGUUGUUUUUUGCUCCAUGCAUGUUUCUCUAUGUUUGGCCUUUCCCUACUAAGUCAUUGGAUAAAUUUUUUGCCAUUGUGGACUUUGUUGUUACCCCUGUCUUAAAUCCUGCCAUCUAUACUUUAAGGAACAAAGAUAUGAAGUUGGCAAUGAGAAGGCUGAGUCAGCAAGUUACAAGUUCUAUGGAGAUGACAUGA